CGUCGCUCGCCAACGACUAUUACGUCGCCGGCUUCAACAGCAGUGGCAUGCACGCGUACCUUGCCAACGUCGUGAACCGCGAGCUUAUGUUCACGUCAUCGGGGACCGUCGCUCUCGACGACGCGAGCCGCGGCGACAUCAACCAGCGCUACGACAGCGAGGCCAGUUUGAUUCAAUGGGGCGCGACGCUGAGCAACCGGCUGCUGCUGGACCCGAGCGGCGUCGCUUUGGAGAGUGUCGUCCGCGACUUGCGGUCGAUGGAUCCGUGUCGGCUGCCGUGGAUCGCAACGCAGUACUGCUGGCUCGACUUGGAUCGCAACUGGGCCAUGGCCAGCACAGUAGCGCGGCAAGCACGCUGCGAAGCGACAAUGGCAGCGAACGGCGCCGUGUACUUGGAAGCCCCGCUGCGCAACCUGAACGACUGGGCCGUGUGGCAACGCUGUUGGGGCCAUUCGUUUGAGAUUGGCUUCGUCGCGUACCUCCGAACGCUGCAAGCAGGCCGGACGUGGCUCCAGCGUGUGCAAGGCGUAGCCAUGUCGAUUGGCGACGAAGCAGCGUUCUGGCGACGUCACGGCCUCACCACGUAUGCGCUGCAGUGGCAAAAUUACAAGACACUGGGCUUGGCACAUGCGUUUGGCAUCAGAAAUGCGCUCGGGGUGACGUAUGCGCUUCCGCUUGGGGAUGUGAUUGGCAGCUUCCACCCGACGCAGCAGACGUCGAUGCGCGCCUAUUGGACGCUGGCCAGCGACCUCUGGGCCGUCGCGACCAAUGCGAGUGGCAUCGGCGGGCGCAGCCUUCUGGCCGCGAGUCCCGCGUUUGCCUCGUCGAAUGUAUCGGGCGUGGCGCUCUUGACACGCAAUUUGACGCUGCCGAGUCCACUCCGGAGCGGCUUGGUGUCGUUUACGAGUCGUGUGGGCCCCUUCAACGCCGUCGACGUCCUAUACGUGCCGAUACCCGACGAUGUGAGUCGACUCUUUGCGACAUUGACGCAGUCGCUCGCGGCGCUUGUGCUACACAAUGGCGAGGCACGCGAUCGGUUCUACGACUUGGCGAUUCCGAGUUCGAUCUUUCACGCCCCCGGCGUGCUCAUCGACGACACGUCGGCCGUCGUCGUUGGCGGCAACAUUCUCUGCGGCAACGACAACGCGGCGUACCCUGCCUCGGUCGCUUUGUACAAGCUCUUUGGCACGGAUGGCCUCUGCUUUGUCAAUUUUGCCGAGCAGAUCUACCCAACGACCCAAGAAGUGGUGAUCGCGCUCGCCGUCCACGAAGGCACGUCGUCUCCAAAGGUGUCAGCCGCCGGUAUUUGUCGCCUCAACAACGCUGCUGCCGCGUCGUGCAUCUCGACGUACGUCGCAUUGUCGGAUUUUCUAUCCAACCAUGCGUCCAUCUUUCAAGCGCCACCGUUGCUGUCGCUGGCGGCGGCGGCCAAAGCGAGCGUGUCGACGCUGAACGUCCAGCUCACGCAGUACGUCGACUACAACGACGGUCGUGGCGCUGUGCUUUUCAGCCUCCCGCUUUUCGACGCGGGCGAUCCCGCGUGGGCAUUCUACGGCUGGUGCUAUGUCUACGAGUGGGCGACCGGCGGGCGCGAGGUCGUUCGCUUUGAAGGUGACGAAGGCGCAAUCACUGCCAUAUCGCACUACACCGCUCCUCAGAGCAUGGCACCGGACCCGGCGACGACCCCGGCCAGUUUCGCGGCCUUUUGCCAGUAUGCCGUUGUGUACGUCACACUCGUGCUCAUUGCAACGUCCGGGCUCGUGGCGAUUAGCGCGGUCUACUGCCGCGGCCGCAUCGAGGGCCUCAACUUCUUCUGCGUCAACCGUCUCAUUGGGCUCGUCUGGGUCGGCCGCACCCUCCUCGUGCUCCGAACAAUAACGGCGCUGAGUCUCUUGAGCACGGUGCCGCUGGCGCUGACCCGCGUCGGCGGCGCCACAAGGCUCGUCACGCCCGCCGUGCCGUGGUACAAGACGAUCCUCGCCGCGUCCGAAGUCACGUGGCUAGUCUACGUCCUCAACGACGUCUUGAGCUGCGUUACCCUCGCGCACACGGCCUCGUAUGCGUUCAAGAGUUCCAACCUCGCGUGGCUCCUCGUUGCGAUCUGGUC